AUGAAUCAGGCUCAACCGUAUAUGGAUAUGCAUCCGGCAUCGCACAUCUCUUCCGGUCCUUCGUAUUCACACUCCGCAACCACGGCUCCAUUGGGUCAUUAUCAGCAGUAUCAGCAGCCUCCAGUUAUUCCUCCUGCGCCGACGCAUUAUGGACACCCACAGGGGUAUAGCAACUAUGGCUAUGCCAAUGGCGUGACCUCCCCGCAAUCUGCGACUGGCCAUGUCGCUCAGCAAGUCCAAUCUCAGAUGCCAUCGCUUCCUGGUGACCCUCAACAGACCUACGUGCCACAGACAUCCAGUCUGCCUGCACCUACUCAAGGAUAUCCAGCCCAACCAGUACCUUUCGAUACCACUGGGCAGAUUGCCCCACCUGGAAUGAAGCCCCGAGUUACUGCAACAUUGUGGGAAGAUGAAGGGAGCCUGUGUUUUCAAGUCGAAGCAAAGGGGGUUUGCGUUGCUCGUCGUGAGGACAAUCACUUUAUCAAUGGCACCAAGCUUCUCAAUGUGGCUGGAAUGACACGCGGCCGACGUGACGGCAUACUCAAAUCCGAAAAGACUCGACAUGUGGUGAAAAUCGGCCCGAUGCAUCUCAAAGGCGUCUGGAUCCCCUUUGAACGUGCGCUCGACUUCGCGAAUAAGGAGAAGAUCACCGAUCUUUUGUAUCCGUUGUUUGUGCAUAACAUUGGUGGGCUUCUCUACAAUCCGGAGAAUGCACCUCGGACAAACGCAGUUGUGCAGGCUUCGACGGAGCGCCGCCGGAUGGACAGUGUUGACACUGGUCGGGCGUCGCAACCUGCGCAGACACCGUCUCUGCCGCAUCAUAGUACAAUGUCGGGGACUGGCCAAGCUCCUCCGGCAUCUCAUUCGAUCGCGCAACACUCAAAUGCACCACGUCCUGGUAUCGACCGUGCUCACACGUUCCCAACACCUCCCACAAGUGCCUCGAGUGUCAUGGGUAUGGGGAAUCAAAGCAAUUCGUAUGACUGGGGCAAUCAGAGUAUGGCAAAUGGGACAUCUGGAGCCCAACCUUUAUCCAUUGACACGGGUAUAAAUGCUCGAUCCAUGCCGACGACACCCGCCACGACGCCCCCCGGUACUGCAGGGCAAGGAAUGCAUUCAUAUCAGGGCCAAACAGGCUACGACAGUUCCAAGCAUUACUACAGUACCACGCCAAGCUCCCAGACUGGCUAUGCGCAGCACCCAGAUGGGAGUCGAUAUGGCCAGCCUCUGCCAUCUGUACCCUACGGCAAGACCGACAUGGGCCCACCGAUAGCGCCUGGAUCGGCAAACGGGGGUGGAGAUGGUCACGAUCACAAAGCAGAGGCCUAUCCUGGACACACUCAUGGCUCUCAGCACGAGAAUGAUCACCCCGAUGGUGGGUACAUGACUACCAAUGCCUCCGCGUAUAAUGCCAACCGCACGCAAUAUGCAUAUGGCGCUGCUGGUGACCAUUCUCAUCUAUCUCCUGAACAGAUGUCUGGUUCGCCCACCCACCAAGCUGGCUCCGGCCAUGCCACCCCGCGAACCAUGCCCACCGGUCAACCACAGUGGACGCCCGAUUAUCAUACUCCACCAAACCGUACUUCGAGCAAUGUUUAUAAUGUCAUGGGUCGUGCUCGUACUCCGCAAGGAAACUCCGCCGACGGUUAUGGCAAUGCAGCGUACUCUGGCGGAGGUCAUCACGCCGGUUUGUCGUCUGCGAAACGUGGCCGAGAAGACGAUGAUCAGGAUCGACCGGGGAGCCGAGAUUUCGACGGGUACGACGCCAAACGACGCAAGAUGGGACGACAGGAGACUUUUGGGAUGCCACUCAACGCACCCUCUCACAUGCAAGCCAUCAAAACCGGCGGACAGCGCUAG